CGACAACGCAACAUCGGACCGAGACUAUUUUUCUCUUGUGUAUCGGCAUGUUAUCGCAGCAUACAUGACUGAUUCUGAAUUGCGCUUUUCUUCUGGUGAGGAUGGCCGAAGAUUGUGCAAACCCGCUGCUGGCUGGAUGGCUGAAGGAAUGGAUGGAUGAGGCAAAGGAACGAAACAGCAAAGGUUAUACUGUUUAUAAAAAGGCCUAUCAGUCCAUAAAAGCGUGCCCCUUGGCUUUCAGCCACCCUUCCGAAGCUCAACAACUCAACGGUCUGGGCCCAAAAUUAUGCGACCGACUUACGGAGAAGCUGAAACAGCAUUGCGAGCAAAACGGACUGCCCAUGCCCAAGAAGAAACGCAAGAGAAACAGGACAUCGGAAGGCUUGCCACUAGAUACGGCCGAAGCAGUCGAAGCUGAACAGUCGUCGCCAGUCCGGCGAAAGCGGAAGACCCAACCAUACGUUCCAAAAUACAAAUCUGGUGCAUAUGGGUUGAUAGUGGCUCUCGGCAGCUUAGACCGAGAGAGCAAUCAGGCUAUCCCGAAACCUGACCUCAUUGAAUUGGCACAACCUCACUGCGAUGCGAGCUACACUGUUCCGAGUGAUCCUACCAAAUUCUUCACAGCAUGGAAGUCGAUGCAAACAUUGGAGUCAAAAGAGCUUGUCUGUACUAAAGGUCAUCCGACGAAAAGAUAUUACUUGUCGGAUGAAGGAUGGGAGGUCGCCGAAGGUAUACAGGCAAGCGCUGGCGGUCGAGUUGUUGCUGCGAACAAACCGAACCAGCGAAAGUCUGCACCAACUCGUGGCCUAGAUGGUUCGAAAUCAGUCACGCCAGAACCUAGGAAGAAACAGUCUGCUUCGGCCGCUCCACCACAGCACACCCAGCUUAGUGGCGCCCCAGCUCACGGGGCGUUUGACCACUUGGAAGUGUUAUCGAUCUCUGAGAACGACUGGCCAGAGCCGGAACCGGAGAUGAGUUUUGGCCGCCCGAGGAGCGGAAAUCUUGGGCAAAGACCGACUAGUUCCAGCUCCUCUGUGCAAGACACCAUUAUCCUGCCGGCAGGAAGCUUCGAGGUAAAAAUGGUGCUUGAUAUGCGCGAAGUCCGCACAACAACUGACCGAGAUUACAUAUCUGGGGAGCUGAAAAAGCAGGGCAUAGCUCCAAUUAUCCGCUCACUGCCACUAGGCGACGUCUUGUGGGUUGCAGAAGUAAAUCCACUCUACGCUAAUAGUCUCAAGGCAGCAAUCGUCGGUGAGGAAGCCGGCGACAAAGUGGAAAUCGUUUUGGAACAUAUACUAGAGCGCAAGCGGCUCGAUGACCUGAUCAGCAGUAUUAAAGACGGGCGCUUCCACGAACAGAAAUUCCGGCUGCACAGGUCAGGGAUCAAGAAUGUGACCUACCUCAUCGAAGAGUACUCAAUCUCUUCAGAAAGAAGUGAGAAGUAUGGCGACGCGUUGGAGAGUGCUGUCGCUAGUAUGCAAGUGGUUGACAACUUCUUUGUCAAGCAAACGUCGAAGCUGGAUGAUACGAUUCGUUACCUUGCCAGAAUGACCAAAACCCUGAAGGGAUUGUACGAAAGCAAGGACAUCAACGUCAUUCCAGCUCAAAGCUUCGAGGCCGAGGCCGUAUCGUUAUUACUCGAACGGUUCAGAAAGACUUCACCGGGGAGAGCCUUUGGCAUGACAUUCUCCGUAUUUAGUGCCAUGUGUGACAAAUCGGAGAGCAUGACGCUUCGAGAUGUCUAUCUCAGGAUGUUGAUGUGUACAAGAGGUGUCACUGGAGAGAAGGCCAUUGAAAUUCAGAAAAUCUGGCCGACACCGCGUGCUCUGGCUGAAGCUUUUGAAGGGCAAGAGAAGGGCACUGCGAGGGAUGCGAUGAUAAGCGAUCGCCUCGGGUCUACUAUUCCUCGGAAGAAGGUGGGAAAGGCCUUGAGCACCAAAAUCGCAGAGAUCUGGGGGUGACUCCCAUUUGGUCGAUUGGCGGACUGCGACGAUGUUCAUGAGUUACGGCACAAUUUGUUUAUGUAGCAGUACACUUUAGGAUCCCAUGUUGAGGGCAGCCUUUGCAGAGCUUGUGGAGAGAG